UUUUGUGCACGUGAUGCGCCUUGGUCGUUCUAAACCCUAGAAAUCAACCACCCCUUCCCCUUCUCCUUCACCUUCCCGCCGUCUUCGCCGCCCUCGUUCCUCUCUUCUACCACCACCACCUCCUCCGCCGUCACCGCCGCUGAGAUGGGUCGCAGUAUGCUUCCCGAGCAGCAGGAGGACGUAUCGAGGAAGAGCAAGAAGGAGAAGAAGAGCAAGAAAGACAAGAAGCGGAAGCUGGAGGCGGAGGCCGAGGUGGUGGUGGUGGAGGCGGCUGCGGCCACGUCCACGGAUGAAGCGACGAAGAGCAGCAAGAAGAAGAGGGCCAAGGGCGAUCUGGGCCAAGGAGAGGAGGCGGAGAACGGCGGUGGGAAGGUCGUGGCCGUGACCGGGAAGGGCUCCGCGGACGCCAAGUACGCCCCGCUGUCAUCCUUCGCCGCCACCGCGCUUCCUCCCCAGGUGCUCGACUGCUGCAAGGGGUUCGAGCGUCCGUCGCCCAUCCAAGCGUACGCCUGGCCUUACCUCCUCGACGGUCGUGACUUCAUCGGCAUCGCCGCCACCGGAUCUGGGAAGACGAUUGCGUUUGGUGUGCCGGCUCUGAUGCACGUUAGGAGGAAAAUGGGGGAGAAAUCUGCUAAGAAGGGGGUGCCACGGGUCCUCGUGCUAUCGCCAACGAGAGAGCUUGCUCAGCAGAUCGCAGAUGUACUUUGUGAAGCUGGUGCACCAUGUGGGAUAAGUUCAGUGUGCCUUUAUGGUGGAACUUCCAAAGGACCACAAAUUUCUGCCCUUAAAUCUGGAGUGGAUAUUGUCAUAGGGACACCUGGUCGUAUGAAAGACCUUAUUGAAAUGGGUAUUUGUCGUCUUAAUGAUGUUUCUUUUGUGGUUCUAGAUGAAGCUGAUCGAAUGCUGGAUAUGGGUUUUGAACCUGAAGUCAGAGCAAUUUUAAGCCAAACUGCAUCUGUACGUCAGACGGUUAUGUUCAGUGCUACAUGGCCUCCUGCUGUCCACCAGCUAGCCCAAGAGUUUAUGGAUCCAAAUCCAAUAAAGGUUGUUAUUGGAUCAGAAGAUCUUGCUGCUAACCAUGAUGUGAUGCAAAUUGUUGAAGUAUUGGAUGACAGGUCAAGGGAUUCAAGAUUAGUUGCUUUGCUCGAUAAAUACCAUAAAGCACAGAGAAACAGGGUGUUGGUUUUUGUGUUGUACAAGAGAGAAGCUACGCGAGUAGAAACAAUGUUACAAAGAAGGGGUUGGAGUGCUGUUUCUGUUCAUGGAGAUAAGGCACAGCAUGACAGGACGAAAGCUUUAUCUUUAUUUAAAGAAGGGUCAUGUCCUUUGAUGAUUGCCACUGAUGUCGCAUCCCGUGGACUUGAUAUUCCAGAUGUCGAAGUUGUCAUUAACUAUAGCUAUCCUUUGACUACAGAGGAUUAUGUCCACAGGAUUGGGAGGACCGGUCGUGCUGGCAAGAAAGGUGUUGCACAUACCUUCUUCACUCAAGAGAACAAGGGACUUGCUGGUGAACUUGUCAAUGUUUUGCGGGAGGCUGGUCAGGUCGUUCCUCCUGCACUUACAAAAUUUGGCACACACGUCAAGAAAAAGGAAUCGCAAAUAUAUGGAUCUCAUUUCAAAGAAAUCAAAGCAGAUGCUCCUAAAUCAACAAAGAUUACGUUUGGUGAUUCUGAUGAGGACUAGCAACAUUUGCUGGUCUUUUCUUCGUUGCGUUCUGAAGUUUUGAUGCUUGGAGUAGGCCAAAUAUUCGACAGCAAAAUAUUGCCUUUCUUGAAGGGAGAACCCCUCUAACAGUAUCAUUGUAUACCUAGGUUAGUUUAGUAUCAGUGAUUUCCUACCUUGUCCAGACCAUCUUAUUUUAUACUUGGUUGUAUGUACUGCAAUUUGCUUCUCUUGUGUUGGAAAAAACAGUAAAAUCAGAUAUGUGCUAAGGCACCAUUGGCA